GUGAUGAAUAUGUUUGGGAUGUACAGUAUUAUUGUCAACCAAAUAAUCAGAUCUUUUAUCAUACAUUAUCAUAAAUCGCAACUUUUCAUUUUCCGUCGGUCUUAGUACACAAUGUAACUACAGAAGAGUCAAGUUUUAAAUAGGACAAAUAUCAAAACUCUUGGUCAUUUUUGAGCGAGAUGCUAACGGUCUAAUCAGAUUCGAUGAACUAUGCUAAGCUAUGCUAAAAGUGGUACCGCCAGACCCGAAGAUCGGCUGAAUGGAUUCGAAAACGGUAAAACUCAACUGCUUAACUCUAGGGGAGUUGGAAAAUGAGCCUAUUUUCAAAAGAAAGUGGAGUGUUCCUUUAAAUGAACGUCACUCGUGCCGGUUCGGUCUCAUGUACCAGGAGGUCUGGAAUGAUACAAGGAGUAAGGACAGUGGAGGACAAUCGAGGACCAGGUCGUGGACAUUUAAGCUGCGUUGUAGUAUAUAUAUCAUUAUUGUGUAUUAUUAAUUUAAGUUAGUGUAUUUGCUUCAAAACUGUGGAGAAGUCCGGAGAUGUGAUUUACUGAAUGCGGUCCCUUUAAGAAACAUGACACCGCGCGCUCUCACUGUGGAUGCGCAGAAGAGAGAAGCGCGAGAGCUUCUCAAGUUUUGUUUUAUUUCGCGAGAGACGAGACGAUUGCUUAAACUUUCACCAUUUGAAGCUUAAAGUGACGUUGUGAUCGUGAAUGAAGGACAAAUGUGGUAUAUUUUCUUCGGAUGCCGUAUAUUUCCAGUCUGCAGAUGUGGUCCUGUGGGCGUCAGUAUCACACAGUGAUCACAGUUCACACCUGCAGUGAAGCUCCUCCCACAACAAUUCACCAAUAAAUACUGGGAAUAUUCACAUCAUCCUACAAGAGAAGGACAAACUCCAGGUGUAGCAGCUGAAAUCUGUGUGACUGUUAAAGAUGGAGUUUAUUAAAGAGGAGAUUGAAGACAUGAGUGAUCCAGAACCAUCCAGAAUAAAACAUGAAGAUACUGAGGAACAAAUAGAUCAGAUGGACGUGAAAGAGCAAAGAAAAGAACUGGAGGAAAUUGAGAAGGAACAUCAUAACUUGAACAAAACUCAAGGAAUAAAAGCCGAAAAGAUGCACACCUGCUCACAGUGUGGAAAGAGUUUCACACAAAAAGGUAACCUCUACAGGCACAUGACAAUUCACAAUGGAGAGAAACCAUUUACAUGCACUCAGUGUGAAAAGAGUUUCAGACAAAAAGGAGACCUUAACAGGCACAUGACAAUUCACACUGGAGAGAAACCGUAUACAUGCAUUCAGUGUGGAAAGAGUUUUUCUCAAGCAUCAGGUCUCAAUAAUCAUCUGUUGCAUCAUUCUGGAGAAAAACCAUUUAACUGUGAUCAGUGUGGUAAAAAGUUUAUUUCAUCAUCACAUCUAAGCAAACACCUGAAAGUUCAUUCAGAUGAGAGGCCUUAUGUGUGUUCUCUCUGUGGAAAGAGUUUUUCUUGGAUGAACAGUUUUAAACUGCACCAGAAAACACAUGAUGAAGUGAGAGAUCAUGUGUGUUGUGACUGUGGAAAGGGCUUUACGAAAGCUUGUGAUCUGAAACGGCACCAAAGAAUUCAUACUGGAGAAAAACCUUACAAGUGCUCAUAUUGUGACAAGAGUUUCGCUCAUUCUGGGACCCUGAAAUCACAUGAGCGAGUUCAUACUGGAGAAAGACCUUACAAGUGCUCAUAUUGUGACAAGAGUUUCGCUCAUUCUGGGACCCUGAAAUCACAUGAGCGAGUUCAUACUGGAGAAAGACCUUAUAAGUGCUCAUAUUGUGACAAGAGUUUCAAUCAGUCUGGAACCCUGGAAUCUCAUGAGCGAGUUCAUACUGGAGAGAAGCCGUACUGCUGCACUCAGUGUGGAAAGAGUUUCAGACAAAAAGAAUCUCUUAACAAUCACAUGAGAAUUCACACUGGAGAGAAACCGUAUACAUGCACUCAGUGUGGAAAGAGUUUUUCUCGAGCAUCAGGUCUAUAUAAUCAUCUGCCCCUUCACUCUGGCGAAAAAACAUUUAACUGUGAUCAGUGUGGUAAAGAUUUUAUUUCAUCAUCAAAUCUAAAAAAACAUCUGAAAGUUCAUUCAGAUGAGAGGCCUUAUGUGUGUUCUUUCUGUGGAAGGAGUUUUUCAAGGGUGGGCAGUUUUAAACUGCACCAGAAAACACAUAAUGAAGUGAGAGAUCAUGUGUGUUGUGACUGUGGGAAGAGCUUUACUACAACUUGCCAUCUGAAAUGGCACCAAAGAAUUCAUACUGGAGAAAAACCUUACAAGUGCUCAUAUUGUGACAAGAGUUUCACUCUGUCUAGAAAACUGAAAUCACAUGAGCGAGUUCAUACUGGAGAGCCGUUCAACUGUACUCAGUGUGGGAGGAGUUUUAAAACUACCAAAGGUCUCAGUAUUCAUUUACACGUGCACUCUGGAGAAAAAUAAUUUAACUGUGAUCAGUGUGGUAAAAAGUUUAUUUCAUCACAUUUAAAACAAUAACUGAAAGUUCAUUUAUGAACUUUCAGACUUUGUGUGUUUUUUCUGUCAAAAGAGUUUUUCAAGGAUGAACAGUUUUAAACUACAAAAAAAAAAAAAAAAAAAUGAAGAGAGAGAUCACUUGUGAGUGUACGAAGAGUUUUACUACAUCUAGUCAUCUGAAACAACAUCAAAGAAUUCAUACUGGAGAAAGUUUUAAACGUAUCAUCCUUCAAACUCAAAAAAUAUUGGAAGUGAGCAGCGUUCGUUUUCAUGUCAAAUACAUUAAAGUAAAUUCAUUGAAAUAAAAUAUGGAGUUUUUACUAAAAGCACAAUACCGUCUAAAUUUGGUGAAAUGCUUGGAAAACUAUAAGAUCAACAACUCUUACAGUGUAAAUAAAGUCGUUGUAGUUUUAUUUUCUGUCAGGAUGAAUUGUGUGCUUAGCAGGUCUUACUUGAAUAAUAUAUAUUCAUGUAAUUUACUUAUUUGACAAGUGUACUAAAUGUGUUCUGAUCGAACAUAACAUUAUGAGAAAUCAAACUGAAACAUCUUUGUUUUGAUUGACCUAUCUAAUGGGCACAGAGAAUCGCCCACUGUUGUGUUAGUGAGAAGAGUGAUACAGGACUAAAAAUAACAUUACCUUCCAAAGGAUCCUAAUGCUAUAUGGUUAUUUAUUUGCAUCACUGUGAAUGUCUCAGUUGAGCAUCAUUUGUUUGUUUGAUACACUUCACUCUGGAUUCUUUGGGAAAUGAGUCUCAAUUUCGGAACAGGCUUUGCAAACAGACUUUUAUCUAUGCUAUAAUCAACACUUUUCAAAACUAGUUAACCUUGAGAGCUGUAAUAGUAAAAAUGUACUAAAAGUCUUUAAGAGAG